AUGUUUCAAGCUUUGCUCGUGGUUUUAACAGGAGGCAUUGUGCACUCCAAGCACUACCUUAUAGAAACAGUUGGAUUUGAUGAUGUGGUCAAUCAAGACCGUGAUUAUUCAAUGAGGGGAUUUUUGAAGAUUAUGGGAAAACCUGAUUACAUUGACCUAGCUGUUGAAUCUUUUAGAAAACUUUUGAUUGAUGAGGAUUUGGAACAUUUUCUAAAUACUGGAGAAGAAAAAGUUGAAAAUAUUGGUGAUACAAAUGAUAAUGGCGAGGAAGAUGAUGAAAAUGAUGAUGAUGAUGAAGAAGAUGAUGAAAAUAAUAAUGAUAAUAAUGGUGAAGAAGACAAAGAAAUCAAUAAUAAUGGUGAAGUAGGUAAUGAAAAGGAUCAGAUUAAAGAACAGCUGGAAUUGCUGAAAUUGAGAAAAUGAAGAAAAGAAGUGAAUCCGAGAAGAAAAAAUAUUUGAUCAAAAGAGAAAAAUAUAAAAUAGUUAAAAGCUAAGCAAAAUCGGUUUUUAAAAAAAUCUAAACAUGUAAAAAUAACUUAUGAAAAGAUAUGAAUUAAAAUACUACAACGAAUUGUAAACACAGCAAUUGUUUUGUAAUUAUUUGUUUUGUAAUAUAACAUACACAUAAAUA